AAUUUUACUUGGUGCAUAGGAUGGUUUCUCUCUACAUUUUUUGUCUUUUUGUUUCUGGAUUUACCUGUGAAUUUGAUUUGCUUUAUUGAGUGGUUCAUUUUGUCAUUUUUGUGUGUUUGUUUUCUCAUUUUCUUGUUUAGCUUUUUUCUUUCUUUUCUUGGUUGAAUUCACAGUUGACUUUGAGUCUGUGACCUUGUUUUCUAAUCUGACAAUAGAUACUGAAAAUCCAUUUACUCCACAAACAAAAAUCCGGAGUCUGGCUUGUUGCUUUUAUGCAAUCUUAACAUAUAUUAACCCAAAAAUGCAGUUUCCCUAUGGGAUCUGGAGCUUACUGUGAUGAAUUGUGAAUCUCUUCAUCUUUGCCUCAUGGGUUAACCAUAUUUAUGAUGAGGACUCAAACUUAUCUUUAGGAUUGUGAAUCUCAGAUAUCAUGUUUCUCCAUUUAUAAAGAUAAUAGUUUCUGUUCCCUGUUUACCUAUUGGCAAAACGGGGAGGGAAAUAGGGGCACAUGGCAGAUUGACAAUUUGCAUCCUAAUUAAGUUUUUUGUGUAGACUUUUAAGUUUAUGAUAUUUGUGCCUACUAUUUAUCUGAGCAAUGUAGCAUUCCAGUUAGCUUUGAAAAAGAUGCCCACUACAUUUAAAUAAUUGAAGUUGGUGCAUGUCCCAAUAUAAAAAGGUGGUUCGGUGAGUUGCUGACCUUGUGAAAGUGCGCUGAUAUGAAUUAUUCAUCUGGCUCUGCCUCCAAUUAUUAGAAAUUUUGCAAAGAAGAAUGUGAGGCAAAAAGAGGUUCGUGAUUGAGGUUAGGUCCAGUUGUUGUGGUUGAACAGGAGAAGUGGCCCUGCAAUAUAGUUAAUCAGUGAUGUGAAAUAAAAAAAUUGGGAUGUUAUGGUGUUAAAAUCAACUUAACUUGAAGUUUUUGCUUUAAGAAGUUUCAGACUGUUCAAAGACAAGGUGGCUCCCACUGUCUAUGUGAUAGACUGCACCUUUAAUUUCUAAGGGAAGGAAUAAAAUGUGAGGUUGAAAUGCUGUCUAAUUUAUUAUUACUUGGCAACAAUAGUGGGCUAGUAGCAGUGGUUGGGAGUGGUAUUGACUGGUUUCUUGUUUCACUCUCAAGCAUGAAAUUGGGACCGAAGAAUGGCUGGACCUCUGUUGUACCUCUUUGUGUACGAGGCAGUUCAGCCUCAGCCACUCGAUUUUGCAUGUUCCCAAAAGUGAAGUCAGCAGGAUUUAGUCCAGGAAACACGCCUGUCUAUUUGAAUGUUUAUGACCUGACAUCAAUCAAUGGCUAUGUGUACUGGGCAGGCAUUGGCAUUUUUCAUACUGGGGUAGAAGUCCAUGGUAUAGAAUAUGCCUUUGGAGCACAUGACUACCCAACAAGUGGUGUUUUUGAGGUUGAACCACGACAGUGCCCUGGCUUCAGGUUUAGAAAGUCAAUAUUCAUGGGAACAACAUGCUUGGAUCCUAUAGAGCUUAGAGAGUUCAUGGAGCGCCAGUCUGCAAACUACAAUGGUGAUACAUAUCAUUUGAUUACUAAGAACUGCAACCAUUUCUGCGAGGAUAUAUGUUAUAAGCUAACAGGGAACCCAAUUCCAAGAUGGGUAAAUCGUCUAGCUAGAAUAGGUUCACUAUGCAACUGCAUACUUCCUGAAGCCCUUAAAUCUACCACUGUGCAGCAUGACCCUAAUUUCCAAGGAUGUGAAAGUGAGAAGAAGAGACUGAGAACUGCGUUCAGUUGCUGGUCAUCGAUCUCAUUACCUCAUAAAGAAGUCUCAAUAUCUUCGCUGUUUCUGCACUCUCACUACAAAGGUUGCCUGCCGCCAUGGGAGUUGAAGAGGUCUAAAAGUAGCUCAAUGAAGAAACUAUAACACUUACAUUUCCAUGCAUAUCAAUUGUAAAAGUACCAAUUUCAGCCUCUGUCUGAAAUUCUGAUCUGUUCAAUGAUAUCACCUCCUGUCAUAUGUGAGCCUCAGAAAUGUAAAAUCUACCCAAGUUUGUGAUUUUAAAUGUGAAAUCAGAGGGCUUCACUCAUGUUUUUCCUGUUUUUUCUAGCAUUUGUGGAGUUUGCUAGUUGGCUUUUAUAAUGUGCAACAAACAGAGCCAUGUGCUCAUUCUUCAUCUUGUAAUGUAUCACCAUUUCUUACUGAUAUUUUCUUGGGAUUUUCUCA